UCAAAACAAAUCAACAUAUAUUUCAAAAUUUAUACAAAUUAAAUGUGUUUUGUAAUAACAAACUAAUUUUAAAAUUAUUACUGUGUUCAGGAAAUAAAUUAUAUUUAGUACAAUUGUCUUUCAUAAUGAAAAUUUCAGAGCUACCUGGUGAUGAAGACUCUGGUCUAACAUGUCGUACCUAUGUUAUUCAAAAUGAAACUCAUACAUUAGGAAAUGCUUUAAAAUGCAUUGUUGAUAGAUAUGAGGAUGUUCAAUUCUGUGGAUAUACAUUACCUCAUCCUGCUGAGUCUAAAAUACACUUUAGGAUACAAACACAUGAAACCCCAGCUUUAGAAGUCCUAAAAAGAGGUCUUAAAGAUUUACAAAGGCUCUGUGAUCACACCUUAAAUUUAUUUGAAAGAGAAGUAAAAGAAUUUAACAAAACAUAA